CGUUUGGGAUUAGGCUGCUGUGUCUAGUGUAGCCACUUGUCCCGUCCCGGUUUUACCUGUGUGUCCCGUUUUUUUUUUUUGGUGAUUAACAUUUUUAUUGAGCAGAGAGAUGUCAGGUACAUGUAAAAUGUCAGGUAUAAAACACAGGAUGGGUCCUGGUUUUUAAUGGUCUGUUCAGGGGAAAAAAUAUUUUCCCUGGAUUUUCCCUGAAUCAUUGAGGCCGUUGCUUACAGUUAAAGUGUUGAUCAGGUUUGAAAUGUCUAGGGUUUCUUUUGUCAGACAGGGGUGGCAACCCAAGCUGUGACCCAAGUUGUGAGACAGUGGUCCCAUCAAAACCACUGUGUGACUUGAGGUUAAAGGUUGUGAUUUGAUCAAAGACCAAGGUUUUUCUGAGUGACUCUUUGUGUGGGAGUGAUAUAAGAACAUGAGUUGAGGUGUAUUUUUAAAAGCUUACUCAGUUCCUUGCUGUCCUUCAGCCGGUGGUGAUCAUCUGUUGUGUCAAAGCCAGUGACCUAAGACAGCUCUGACAGAAUGACGUCUAGGAAGAAAGUUCUACUUAAAGUGAUCAUCCUGGGAGACUCUGGUGUUGGGAAGACCUCUCUGAUGAAUCAGUAUGUGAACAAGAAGUUUAGCAAUCAGUACAAAGCCACAAUAGGAGCUGAUUUCCUGACGAAAGAGGUGAUGGUGGAUGACCGGCUCGUCACAAUGCAGAUCUGGGAUACCGCUGGGCAGGAGCGGUUCCAGUCCCUGGGAGUAGCGUUCUACCGCGGCGCUGACUGCUGCGUUUUAGUGUUCGACGUGACCGCCCCCAACACCUUCAAGACCCUGGACAGCUGGAGAGACGAGUUCCUGAUCCAGGCCAGCCCGCGCGACCCAGAGAACUUCCCCUUCGUCGUCCUCGGCAACAAGAUUGACCUGGAGAACAGACAGGUGACAACCAAACGGGCACAGGCAUGGUGCCAGAGCAAGAACAACAUCCCCUACUUUGAGACGAGCGCAAAGGAAGCCAUUAACGUGGAGCAAGCUUUCCAGACCAUAGCACGCAAUGCCCUGAAGCAGGAAACGGAGGUGGAGUUGUACAACGAGUUCCCUGAGCCAAUCAAACUGGACAGAAACGACCGGGCCAAGCCAUCAGCAGAAACAUGCAGCUGCUGAGGAUCUGGAACCCUUGUUUUGGUGGGAGGGGCUCUGCUGCAGCCCUCCUCCUCUCUGGCCUUGUCUCUCCUCUUCGUCACCGACACAAUCUCCCCCCUAUCCCCAACUCCACCCUCACCCCACACCAUCCCAACCCUCACCUUCCUCUCGCACACCUGCCCACCCAUCUCCUCCCCUGUACCCCCCAAUAUUAUAACUGGCCUUUGUAGAGCAAGCAGGCUUCCUCUCGUAGAGUACACCGUACACAUUAAUGCACUCACAUCCAUAUACUCAAAGACACUUAAGCUCAAAAGGCUAACAUGUAAGCUCAACGACCACCAAACUAUGUCAAAAAAAAGAAGGAAAAAAAAAACCUUUUGGUAAAUGUGUGUGAUUUCUCUUAAAUAAUAUCCCUUCUAACCCCGCUCGAUCACAACUCUGGACACCUUUUUUUUGUUUUUGUCUUUUUUCUCUUUCUUGCUUUCUGCUAUGUGCAAAGCUUCACGUCCCUGUAUCACUUGAAAAGGGGGUUAGGGAUGUCCUUGUUGAUUUUGCUCCCCUGAGUGUAAAAUGGAGAAUUGAGAUGUGAAGGAUGAUGGAUGCAUAAUUUAUCUGUUGGUUGUGGAAAACCAUCCUAGGCUGUAUCUACAGCCCUAGCAUGUGUAUGGACACAAAUAUUGCUUGUCCCAUAGGUGAGUUAGGUGAGGAGACGUGGGGGAGGGAAAAAAAAAGAAAAGCCUGAAUGCUUUUAAUUUCUGCACUUUGUCGACUUAACAUAUUUAACAGCGCACCUCAUUUGCCGCUAAUCUAGAAAUAAAACUACCAUUUCAGUUCAAACUAGGGUUGGAGGUAUGGAUUUAAAACACUGCCCCGAUCACCAAGUAAUACUGACCUACUUAUGCCUACAGUAAAAAGCGCCCAAGCUUCCUAAGCUUUCUUCAUUGGUCUCCUUUUACUUUCGUGUCUGCUCGUCGUGUGAUUGGAGGAAAAAAAAACCUAGCUGACCAAUCACAAAUUCCCUGACUGGCUGGGUAGUAUUUUUUUGUCAUGUGAUUUUAAAACCAUCAAAGACACUUGUGUUUGGUCAAUGGAAUAUGGCUUGUGGGUUGACGGGUGGCACCGGUCUGUUGUGGAAAUGUCAUACUGAGCUGUGCCCCAUCCAUGUACGAGAAGGAUCAGUCACCCAAGUCAAACAGUCAAUCAGAAGUCAGGGAGAGGAAAGCAAAAUGUUUUCUUUUGUUUUUUUUUGGAUUGUGUAAGAAUACAACUCACUACUACUACUAGUACUACUACGACAAUUAGUACUUCUAUAUUGUCUACUUUUUUAUCGUCUACUUUCAUGUCGUAAGACUUUGUAUAACUGCAAAUCUGUUUUUGUUUGUCUAUCUGUGGCAAGGGCCAGCUGUUUCGGUCUUACCAUAUCUCACUCUGUCUGCCGGUAGCUCAGGUUGGCAAAGAAUUUAAGUGCUUGAUAUCACUCGGAUCUUUUACUGUUUGUUCGUACAUUAUUAUUAUUGUUAUUAUUAUUAUUGAAAGAUUUGACUUGCAUUACAUAGACGACAAAAAAAUACCGAACUUGAUAAAAGAUGGGGAAAAAGCAUUCAUCAUUGAAAUUAAUGAAACCAUACAUGCACAGCAUACACAUUGUUUGGGAAAUAUAUGUAUUUCAAAGUAAUAAUGAAAAUAAAAAAUGUUGUUGAAUAAA